UUUAUUUUAUUAAUUUUUAUCGUUUUUAGCACUUCCGAAGACUUUUUCGCGUGAAUUAUGAAACAAUAAGCGACUUUUCUCGAUGGAGAUGGAAAACGCAGAGUCAGAAAUUGUUUCCGAGGACAAACAGGAGGAACAUAUUGUACCGACAGUUGAUCCUGAGACGCUUCCCGAGCCCGAAAUUGACGCAAAUGAUGAUUCUCGAGCGAAAAUCGAUGGAAAUUGUGUCACAUUCAGCAUUUCCGAUGAUCAUCUUGUGCCUGAAACGCCCAUUUUGACUGUCGACAAGGCACUUUCGUUGCUGGAUUUGGUCGAAAAGGGCACAGAUGCGGUUCAACGUGUAAGUUCUGACUCCAAUCUCAGCAGUAGCGAAGCAACCACGAUCCAACAGAAGAAUUUUGCGAGUUUCGACUCUUCCACGGACUCAUAUCAACGCACUUCAAGCUCUCAAUCAUGCCCAAUUAACGAAUACGAGUCGAAAUUCCUCGAAGAACAGGCAAAUUUGAAGCGACAAUUGGAUGAAGCUCAGAAUAAAUGCUCAGAAUUGCUUGAAACUGUCUCAAAACGUGACGAAACAAUCGCUUUGCUGGCCCAAAAUAAGAUUUUAUUGGAAAAAGAAAAAUCCGCGAUAAAGCGAGAACUUGAAAUCGCAACCAAAGAAAAGGAAAAUGCCGUAAUUCGAUAUGCGACAGUUGAAAAAAAUGUUCUCGAUGCGAAAUUAGCAAAGGAAAAGGCAGAAAAACGCGUCGCUGAUGCCCAAAAAGAAGUCGAAGCAGCAAAUACUCGCAUGAAAUUCGCCGUUUCGGAGAAAAAUCGAGUUACGGGGCUUUACGAUGCGAAAUGUCAAGAAUUUCGAUUGAGUCAAAGGGAAAUUGAUCGAUUAAAAGGCGAUGUGAGUCAAUUAGAGACGAAAUUAAAAUGGAGCACGUCAAAGGUAAAGACAGAAACAGAUGCGAAACUCGCAGCGGAGAAACGCGUCGAAGAACUCACGGAAGAAGUGAACAAAUUAAAGUUGGAAGAAAUUACGCGCGCCAAAGAAGAAGUCGAAAACGAAAAAGCACUCGUGACGGAGAAGCAAUUUAUGGAGCAACAAGCUACUUUGAUCCUGCUAAAACAUGGAAAUGAAGAAAAAGAACGAAGAAUUGAGAUUUUGACGAAAAAAUUAUCGAGCGCGACGACAGAAAAUGCAGAAUUGAACGCGAAAGUGAGACAAUUGACGACUGAGAUUGAAACAUUAACCGCCGAAAACGCUCGUCAAAAGCAAGAAAUCGACGAAUUACAGCUGCAACUCGACAAAGAAGUCAUCAAAGGAGCAGAGCUUCAAGCAAAAACAAAUGAUAUCGAAUCCCUCCAAACGCAACUUUCUCUCUCGAAGGACGAAGCAAGUCGCAUAAAGCGAGAAUUAGAUGCUGUUACCCUCAAUUACGACGAAUUGUGUCAAGAAGUAGAGAAAAUUCGCGGAAAAGAGACGGAAUUGUUGCAAUUUAACAAAGAAUUGACCGAAAGAUGUGUGAAAUUACAAAAUGACGGUGCUUUGCUCAACUCAAAACUUCUUGCCAUCGAAUUGGAAAACUCGACAAUUAAAAAGGACAAGAAAUAUUACGACGAUAUCAUUGAAAAACUUCAAACAGAGUCCGCAGCGGAAAAAAAGGAACGUGCUGAGGAGCGAAUUUUGAUGACAAAACACAUUUCUGAGCGAACGAAGCAAGCGGAUGCGUUGCAAAAGGAACUGGAUCUCGUUACGGGCGACAUGCAAGCUCUCAAGAAGAAACAUUCCCAAACGGUGAAAGAAUUGACGCGAGAAACGACGCAACUUCGCAAGAAAAUUGAAGUUCUCGAAGCAAAACUCGCAAGUUCAAAUCAUUCCAACAACUCCCUAAACUCCGAGAGUGAGACAGAAAAAGAUUCAAAUUCAAAAUCUGACACAAUUUCCAUCAACAGUGACUCCGAUGGACAACCCCAAGCUCAAACACAUUCCGAAAGCUCAAGUUUGAACUUUGGAGAACCCUCGAAAAAGUCCUUGAUUGAAAGAAUUUUGAAGUUACAACAUGCCACGGCGCGUCAAGCAGAGAAAAUUGACUUUUUAGAGAAUCAUUCGGCGACGCUCGUUGCUGAGCUGCAGAAAAAAUCAAAAUUAAUACAAGAUUACAUGCUCAGGGAACAAAGCGGUGCACUUGCUUCGGCAAAAAGUGACAAAAAUAAGGCUGAACUCAGUAAAUAUGGGGGAAUUAUGGCUGCAGUUUAUGGCGGAGCUGCGGUAAAAAGCACUUCGAGUGAAAUGACGCUGGAUUUGUCGUUGGAAAUUAAUAGAAAGUUGCAAGCGUUGCUCGAGGAUACGAUUUUGAAGAACAUAACGUUGAAGGAAAACGUUGAUACGCUUGGAUUGGAAGUCGACGCUCUCAUGAAAAAAAUCGCAAAUUCCAAAAAAUGACGUUAAAUGUACAAACAAAAGGCCAUUUUAGCGAAAUUAUUGAAAAAUAUCCUAAAUAAAUAUAAUUUUUUUGUUAUAAAUUUGAAU